GGGAGAGGUGGAGCUUGGCUUCCGACUGUGGGCGGAAAUUGCCGAGAGUUCUCGGCGAGCUCCGACUAAAUGCUCCAUCACCCGCAAAUAGGCGGGAGUAACCGAAAAGCUCCGGAAAUGCCCGAGCUGCGGCGUUUGUGCGUUCGAGGGUGGCACGCGGCGCAAGUUGCCAUGGAGCCGGUCGGACCUUGUGGUUUCUGCCCGGCAGAGGAGAUCCAGCCAGCGAGGUACAUCUGCCCUCGUUGUAAUGUGCCCUACUGCUCGCUGCGCUGCUACCGGGCGCAUGGCACCUGUGCCGAAGACUUCUACCGUGACCAGGUGCUGGGAGAACUCCGCGGCCGCAGCGCCUCGCCCAGCCGCCUAGCCAGCGCCUUACGCCGGCUGCGUCAGCAACGCGAGACCGAGGACGAGCCCGAGGACGCAGGCCUCAGUCCUGGCCCGGCGCCCAGCCGCCUCUUAGGACUCUGGGAGCGGCUGGCGCCCGCCGAGAAGAAAGCCUUCGAGCGGCUGCUGAGCCGUGGCGAGGCCGGGCGGCUUCUGCCCCCGUGGCGGCCGUGGUGGUGGGUACACGGGGCCGCCGCGCGGCUUCUCGAGGAGCUGGAUGAUGCCCCGCAACGUGACCCCGCGGAGUUGGAGCCCACCCCUGCCAGAACGCCACCGGAACCCGUGAAGGAUGCGGAGCCCGCGGCUGACGUGCGAGUUUUCGGAGACACCUCAGGGGCCUUCGGGCCCACCGUGCCCACCCGGAUCCCCACGCUGGCCAGCCUGAGCCGCCGCGGGAUCUCGCCGCUCGUGCGUUUCCAGCUGCCCAAUGUGCUGUUCGCCUACGCUCACGCCCUUGCUUUGUAUCAUGGAGGUGAUGAUGCGCUGCUUUCCGACUUCUGUACCACGCUCCUCAGCGUUUCUGGAGCUCUGGGCGCCCAGCAAGUCUUCACCUCUGUGGAGGAAGCACUGCAGGCCGCAGCCCAUGUGCUGGAAGCUGGCGAGCAUCCCCCCGGGCCCCUGGGUACAAGUGGUGCCAUGCGCGAAGCCGCCCGCAUUAUGCUGGGCGAAGGCCUGACUAACCAGAAAGGGUACACGCUGGCAGCACUGGGGCACCUGGUGCAGACUCUGGGCCGGGCACGGAAACAAGCUGUUUCUACCGAAGAGAGAGGUCGCCUGUACCGGGCACGGAAGAAGUGCCAGUUCCUGCUGGCUUGGACCAACGAAAAUGAGGUGGCCCUCACACCACUGGUGCUAGACUGCGCCAGGACCCACCGAGCCCAUGCUGUAGCAGCCGAGGAGGUAGCAGCCCUCACUGGGGAGCUAGAGCGGCUUUGGGGAGGCCCCCUGCCACCUGCCCCGAGGACUCUCAUUGAGGAGCUCCCUGGCUGAACUGGGGACCUCUUGUCAUUAAUAAAGCUUUGACUGGUCUGCCCUGUCGGCAGUGCCCAUU